AUGGUUUUCCGUGAUUACUUCCUGGCUUCUGGUUCCUUACCAUCCAAGGACCAGACCAGUAAUCACGAUCACAUUCCAAUUAGUGCUAUGCUUGCGCAUGAUCAUUCCCACAUUUUCAGUGUCAUUACACCACUGAGAGCAACAUCAAGGCCAAGAUCCAGGAUAAGGAGUGGAUUUUUCGGAAAGCGAUUCGAUGAUUUCUUCUUCUUGACUGCAUGGACCUAUCGACAACGUCAAGGCCAAGAUCCAUGUUUCCCUCAUCACACAAACCAACACAAACAGUCUCCAACACCACCACCACCACCACAACAACAACAAAUAUCAGCAUCAGCCAGACCAUUUCACAGGUCCAGAUCUCGUUCGUCAUCGCAAUCAAGCAGACCUCAAAGGCAACCACAUUCUCAAGCCUUUAUCUAA